AUGCAAAAGAAGGAAAAGGAGAACAAAAAGCAGAAGGAGAAAGAGGAUAAACGGGAAGCUGAAGAAAUGAGGGAUGCUGCCUUGCUUAGCUUGAGACGUAAGUUUAUUCGAAUAUUUUUGGUUGACACAGUGGGCAAGUUUGAAUCACUAAGCAAAAAUAUAAAAAGUAUGACACUUUACAAUAUAUAUACACACGAAAAACUCCAGACUAUCUGUUAAUGAGAUAGAUGCAUAAGCUUUAAUGUUCCACCAGUUUUGAAAGCCUGGGAUUUCCAGAAAGCCACUGUUAAGGAAACUGUAAAAACAUGCGAUCGAAAGGAGUGCCUGUCAGCAAAACUUUGAUGACAAACAUCGUAAUCACAAAUUAUGCAUUUUUUAAUUUAGCUCUUACACACCCUUUUAUCAUUUUAUGUCAAAAUUUCUUUUUUUCACUCCAUUAGCCAUAAAACAGUAAAAAUUCUCUCUAGUUGGAUGUAAUAAUCAAGGUUGUUGUUGGUUGUAAGGAUGUUGGGAAUAAUCUUGUACUGAAACAUUGCUAGAUCCUAGCCUGCGUAGCAGGCGUCGAAAGGGGUAGGGGGUAGGGGAUAGGGAGGAAGGGAAAAAGUGGAGGGGGAUUGGGGAGAGGGAGAGGGGACGCCUGCUCUAAGAACCCCCUUUUGUUCAUAUCUGCGGACGCUGGCGUCCGCAAAUUCCUGAUUGGCUGAGCCGUAAUGAGUAACAUAUUGAAAUGCGCGUUUCACAAAUCAACAAACAGUCGAGAUGGCAGCGAUAGACGUGGAUGUCGUAGAGAGUGCUUUGAGAGAUGUGAGUUUAUCUAGUGGUAGAGAAACUGUUUUUAAACCAGAGCAAGAAUCAGCAGUAAGGACUCUUUUAGCCAACAGAGAUGAUCUGGCGGUUUUGCGGACCGGAUACGGCAAGAGUUUAAUUUACCAAAUGUUUGUACGCGGGAAGAACUACGAGCUAAAUGGUAAUGCGGCGAUUCUCGUCAUUUCGCAACUGAAAAGUAUUAUCGAAGACCAGUUGCAGGAGAUGGCAUUGUUGGGCUACCCAGCGAAAGAUUUAGCCAAUUUAUCGAACGAUGACAUUCGCCGAUGUAACUUAGCAAUAAAAGAGGGUGGUUUUACCUCAUGCCAAAAUGCUGCUUAUUCCAAUAAAGUUGUUUUUAUCUGCUGGGUAGAUUAUGCUCUGGAAGGUUCUGCAUUUAUACUGAGCAAAUGUUAUUUUAGCCGCAUGUUUCACACUGAGAGGUCAUGACAUACAUAUCGAUUGACUGUAGUUAUUGUUUUCUGGUCGGCAGGAUUUGCCCUCUGAUGCAAGCGCAAUUCCUUUGACCUCUUUUGAAGCGUAAAGCUUUUUUUAUUACGGCUGAAUAAGGGUUCCAAUUUUCUCCGAAGUGCCUUCUGGAUCUGAAUAACUAAGCGAAUUUCUUUAGUCCGUGAGUGUAAUGUUUUUCUGCAAUGGCGAGUGUAGCGACACUUGAUUGACAGUAAGCGUAAUCGGAUUACUAGAAAAACUGGUAGGCGUUAUGCAAAAACAUAGGCUCUUAGAGCAGGCGCUCCCUUCCCUUUUCCCUUUCUCCCUCCCCCCUCCCCCUCCCCUUUUUGCGCCUGCCACGCAGGCUAGCUAGAUCCCGAUUAUGCGCACGCGCGAGCGUCAUCUGUUUUUUCUUCAAAAGACAAUAGAACUGUCAAAUUGACUAGAUAAGAUUUCCUUCCGGACCGCACCGCCGACAGAGAUUUGUUGUUUAUCUUCUCAAGUAAUAUUUUAGACUUUCGAAGAAGUCUUUCGUCUAAUAUAAAAAUUUGGCUCGCGGUUCGAAGACUCAUCGCGUUUUUAUCGCUAGCUGGGCCGCCUCGCGACCCGAAACUCUCGUUCCGCUCGCUUUAAAAACAUAUUUUCUAAUUUCAAACUCGUGUCAGAGGUCAAUCGCUCCAAGUCCAGUAAUAUCUGCCUGAUUUGCUCGCGUUCUAGCCUNUUUUUUUUUGUCUUAAGCUAAUUAAUUAAAUUAAACUUAUUAUUUAAAAAUUACAUUAAAGCGAAAACAUGAAACCGGCUCUGAUUACGAAACAACUACUUUUCUAUUACAGGCAUUCUAGAACAGUCACUUUUCCAUGUUCAAAUUCCUGAACAGAAAAAGGAAGUGAAAAAGUAUUCAGGUUCUCUUUUUGUGCUCACGAGGGCUGAGCCAAGGAGAAUGGGCCAGUGGUGGGAAGGAUGUUUGCUAGACAUUUGAUUCUGUAAAAAUUUGCAUGCCAUUCCACUUAAACUGACUGCCUGAAAUCUUGAUGACUACAUAUUUGCAUUUCUACUUUAUAAUUUGCCUUUUUGGACAAGCAGUUGCUCUAGGUAUUAUUUUGGUUCGCUGCAUGCCACAAUUUGAUUUCAGGUUGCCCAUAUGUUAUAUAUAUUCAUGAGUCAUGCCUUUGCCAACACAUUAAGAAUGUAAUUCCAAAAUAUAGCAACAGUACUGUUCCUCAAAGGUGGUUGUUUCAAGGACUAGCAAGCACCGUAAUAAUUUUAGUUGUUAAGUUCAAUUAGACAACUAAUCCUCUCUCCAGCAUCAAAAGCAAAACCAGUCAAAGAGAAGAAGAGGGCAUCAAAGCUGUCGGCCAUAGAGAUGCUGGGAACGAAAAAUGUUAGGAAGGCUAAUUUAAAGGAGCUUGAGUCAGAACAAAGAAAAAAAGAGUUCGAGUUCCAAAAACAGAAAUAUGAAGAAACAGCAGCAAAGAGACAGGAGAAACUUGAACUAGAGUUGAAAGAGAGAAAGACAUUUCUUGCUCUGUUAAAGAACAGGCUUUCGAAUUGGCACUGA